AUGGAAUUUAAACACCAUGUACUCAUUGACAGUGACUUGGAAUCUCAAGCAGCAAUCAUUCAAAACAUCCCUGUCUUUAAAGGAUGGUUGCGCGCGUACAAUGAUAUUAAGCAAGCUUUAGACUUUAUCUUAGAAAUUGAAGCACCGUAUAGUAUAGAAAUAUAUCUUGCAAGGAAUGAUGUGUUCAACGAUGGUCUGCCCUCCGAAACAAAUUCUAGAAUGCGGAAUCUACUUCAAACGCUCAGUGACCUACAAACAGUUCAUCAUAUUAAUGUUUACAGUCCAAAUGUCGAUAUUGAACUCAGAGCGCAACUCACUAGUAUAUUAGACGAUAAACGCGUAUUAAGGAAUACUCUGGCUGUGAUGGAUUUAUAUGUUUAUAUGUGUAAUGAGGGUAUAUCGUAUUUCAAGGGUUUAAUUUCAUAUUGCAAAUUGAAAAAUGAAUUACAUCUUAUAGCGAUUUUUCAACGAAGUGUAGACGAUUUACAUAGUCACCUGGAUAAAGUAUGUACUGAUCAAAGACGACGAAAUCAAUCUUUGAUAGCAGACUAUGGUGAUAAAUUGGGUCUAGAAGCAUUCUGA